CGGUCCAAUAAAUAAAGUGUGGUUAGGCCGAAAGUUUUGAUAGUUCACUUUUGUGGUGCAGAAGUGACUUACAGUGAGAUGGCGGCGUUCCGUUGGCAAUUUGCGGCGUGCCCCUCGACGUUGUCUGAUUAUUCGCCGGUGUCGACGGCGACGUUGGCGUGGACUAGACGCCGUCAAAACCAGGGCCAUCGUAAUUGUAAUUCGGCAAAUAUUAAAACAUUCCACGGUCUGUCCUACAGUGGUGGUUCUUCUACUUGUGGUGGUAGAAAUAGGAGCUCCGUCCGAUGUUUCUCAGCUCUAACUCCGGAGUUGAAGACUACCUUGGAUAAGGUUGUUACAUCAGACAAAGUAGUUGUAUUCAUGAAAGGAACCAAGGAUUUCCCACAAUGUGGAUUUUCAAAUACUGUUGUGCAGAUAUUGAAAUCCUUGAAUGUGCCUUUUGAAACCAUUAAUAUCCUCGAAAACGAAUUAUUGCGUCUUGGAUUGAAGGAGUAUUCGAGUUGGCCAACCUUUCCACAAAUAUACAUUGAUGGCGAGUUCUUUGGUGGCUGUGACAUCACUGUUGAGGCAUAUAAGAGCGGGGAGUUGCAGGAAGUACUGGAGAAAGCAAUGUGUUCCUAACUCUCCAAAGCAGCUUGGUUGCUCCAUUCAACGGAAUUGAGUUCCAUACUUAUAUGUUGGUUGCCUUUUCAUUUAAAUCAUUAUUUACUGUAAGACAGACGGAUAUUGUAAUGUUGUUUUGCAUGACAUUUAUUUUUGUUUUCAUACUAAGAAACAAUUAUUAUUAUUAUUAUUAUCAUU